AUGGGGUUCGUCGGCGUCUACACUGCCAUUUACAACUACACACCGCAGGCAGAUGGUGAACUCGAAAUUAAGGAGGGCGACCUGCUUUAUAUACUCGACAAGAACAGCGAGGAUGAUUGGUGGAAAGCUAAGAAGAAGGCGGAGCGAGAGGAUGAUGAUGAGCCUGAAGGUCUAGUGCCGAAUAACUAUAUUGAGGAGGCUAAACCGAUAAACUCUGCAAAAGCGCUCUACGACUACACACGCCAGACUGAUGAGGAGGUGUCAUUUUCGGAAGAUGCAGACCUCAUGGUAUAUGAUGUUUCAGAUCCGGACUGGACUCUGGUCGGUGUGAAUUCGGAUUUUGGUUUCGCCCCGUCGAAUUACAUUGAGAUCGCCGAAGAUUACGCUGCCGCCGCAUCCCCCGUGGCUACCACGCCCGCCCAUGUCGAAGAGCCACCAGCGCCAGCACUUCCACAACGGCCUGCUGAAGUAGCUGCAGAUGAACCUGAUGUACUGAGAUCUUCUCCCACGGCAGAAACUGCCCAGAAUCCUGCCGCUGCAGCUAUAGCGAAUAUUCUUCACCAACAACAUUCUUCUGCCGUCCCAGAACCAGUGUCUUCGAAGUCUAUCCCUCCAGAGUUGCCGGGACGGCACUCGUCUUCUGAACCUAGAGAUGACUAUGACGACGAGGGACCUCCUCCGGCUCUUCCGCGGCGCCCUCCGUCGCAAGUGAUUAUCUCCGCUUUAGAGCCGUCUUCGCCGUCUGACGCUUCUUCACGCCCGCGAACUCAUAUUUCCAGACUUACGGAAGAUGGCCAUGUGCAGGAGUCACCACCCUAUAACAGAGUCGGAGAGCCAGUACCACGCUCCCCCUCGGGAUAUCAUUUGUACAACGUCAAUGAAAUGGUCGAGGUCAUGGGAAGACGGAAGAAGAUGCCUACGACAUUAGGCAUCAAUGUCGCUACGGGGACGAUAUUCAUUUCUCCCGAAGGUGACGAUCAUCAGCAGGAAUGGACAGCAGAAAGACUAACACACUACUCAAUUGAAGGGAAGCAUGUGUUCUUGGAUCUCGUCCGCCCCAGUAAGAGCGUUGAUCUCCACGCUGGAGCAAAGGACACCGCUCAGGAAAUUGUUGCUGCCCUUGGUGAGAUUGCUGGAGGCUACAGGGCUGAGGGGCUCAGGGAGGUCCUUGCAGCUGGGGCUGGCGGCGGAGGCCAGAAGAAGGGCCAGAUCUUAUACGAUUUUAUGGCACAGGGCGAUGAUGAGGUGACUGUCGCAGUGGGCGAUGAAGUGAUCAUCGUCGACGAUACCAAAUCGAGUGAGUGGUGGAUGGUACGACGAUUGAGAAACGGAAAGGAGGGAGUUGUUCCCAGUAGCUACGUUGAAUUCACGGGGUUCGUUCCUGCGCAGUCCUCCGGAGUUGAGUCUGGCCUUUCGCUGGUAGAGAGAAACAGACUCGAAGAGGCACGUUUGGCAAAGGCUACGAUGCGCAAAUCGCGGACGGAUUCUAUAGAUUCACGGGCUUCGGAGGUAGGCGCCAGAGUCAAGAUACCCCGGAGGCGUAGUAGUUUGAAGUUCAGAGAAGUUGAUAACAAUAUCUCACAGCGUCACAAGCGCGGCGACAGCAGAAACGACAAAAGCAAGCCUAAACCUGACCCAGCCCAAACGAGACAGUGGACAGAUCGUACGAAGACCUUUACUGUGGAUGCACAGUUCAUCGGCCUUCAUGACGGUAAGAUCCAUCUUCACAAGGUGAACGGUGUCAAAAUUGCAGUUCCCAUUGCAAAAAUGUCUGUUGAGGACCUAGAAUAUGUGGAGAAAGUCACAGGUGUCUCCCUUGACGAAGACAAACCCCUGUCUGAUGUUCGUCGUCGAAGCGUCGUCAAGAACGGCAAAGCAGGAGCUUCCGUAGAAGCUCCCAAGGUUCCGGAGUAUGAUUGGUUUGACUUCUUCCUCAGGGCUGGUGUCGGUCCCCAUCAAUGUGAGAGAUAUUCACAAAACUUUAUCAAAGAUUCGAUGGAUGAAAGUGUAUUGCCUGAUAUCACUCCUGACACUCUCCGCACCCUGGGUUUGAAGGAGGGUGACAUCUUGCGUGUGAUGCGGUACCUGGACAAUACUCUCGGCAGAACCGGUUCCAAGUCUAAGCUGAGGAAUGUGAGUUUUGGCGGGGAGGAGGUCAUUGGUAAUGGAGAGGAUGGGUCUCCAGGAGGGCUGUUUUCAGGCCCCGGUGGCGUCUUGCAUAAUAAUACUAGAAAAGGUCGGCCAGUUCCAAAUGUCCAAGCAAGUGACGUGGUCGAUCCAAAAGCAUUCGAACAGAAGGAUGCAAACAAGAAAGAGUCCCCUGUUGCCGCCACCGAUGAAAAGCCAGUCGAACGCGGGUUUGAUGAUGAUGCUUGGGAAGUUAAACAUCCAAAGUCUACUCCUACGCCGGCAGCUCCCUCAUCGUCGCCGCCCCCUUCAUCAACAGCACCAGGAGCAGCACCUUCAACAGCAUCGCCGGCGACAAGUCAGCCGCCUGCGCAAAAGCAGUUAAUUGGAGCAAUGGCGGAUCUAUCCUUGCUUCACCCCCCUCUACAACCGACUCCUGCUCAUACUGCUCCACUAGCAGCACCAACAAUCACACCUGCCGCUCCUACUGGACCACAGCCAGUACCAGCAGCCGUGCAGUCACCGCAGCAGACAGGAGCCAGUCCGGCAUUCUUCUCACAAUUGGUGCAACCGGCCCAGCAGCCCAUGCAGACUGGUGUACAGACUUUCUCCCCCCAGUCGACUGGUUUCCAACAGCAGAACAUCCCAUCAAGACAACGUCCACAGCCCCCUCAGAACCUGGGCCAAAACUCGUUUCUACCUCCCCCUCCUCCUCAGCGACCACUGUCUGCGCCUCAGAACUUCCCACAGCCCAAUGGCUUUGCUCCCCCACCCUUGCAGCCCCAGCUGACGGGCAUGCCACUAUCAGGCCCCCCCCUUGCUCCUCCUGGGCAGAGCUUGUCCGAGUUGAACCAGCAACGCUUCCAGCAGUCAAUCCAACCUCAGCAAAGCGGAUUCGUUGGGAAUCAAUUCCAAAACGGAUUUAUACCACAGCAGACGGGAUUUGCACAGCAGCCACAAUUUGGUUUCCAGCAGCAAUCCCAACCAGGUCUUAAUGGCCAGCCUUUUCAGAAUCAAACUGGGUUUCAACCCAUUGCCCCGCAGCCCACAGGGUUCUCUGUCAUGCAGCCACAGCAGCCAAUGCAGACCGGUAUCAACACUUCCCUUCCCCCUCCGCUUCAACCUCAGCGCACGGGUGCGAAUGGAAUUGGCAGCAGUAUGCCUUUCAUGAGUUCUCCGCCUCCAAUUCCACCAAUUCCUCAACAGCCAACAGCCGCGCCCUUGGUUCCUCAGAAAACGGGCCCUGCUCCUCCUGUUCGUUUCGGAGUCAAAUCUGCAUCUGCUAAUAAGCUCACACCCCAGCCUACGGGGCUCCGAGCGAAUCUUGCACAAGCCACUCCUACGAACCCCUUUGGCUUCUGA